AUGAGCAAGGCAAUACAUCAAGUAUUACUGAUGGAUCCACCAAAUGAUGACCAAUUAACUCGAUUGAACACGGAAAAAAAUCAGAAAGUGAAAUUUUGCUACACGGAUUCGUUCAUUCGAAUUCUCCUAGGAAUUAUUGCUCUCUUAUGUAUCGUUGUUAUUAUUCUUACGAUUAUUUUCAUGUCCCGUUGUUCUUGCAAUUCAAAUAGUAAACGAAAUGAACAGAGUUUUUCGAGCCCAGCCAACGAAUACAUAACCAUCGAAGAACAGCCGAGAUUAGUGAUACAAGAGAAAAAAAAACAGCCAAUAAUGUAUCAGUUUCCUCGAGCUACCUAUGUGGAAAACAAUUUUGUCGUCGCUUCCGACGAUUGA